UAUUUUACCUUCUAAGCUCAGAUUUUCCCGCAACAAAAUCGACGAUCACCGUAAGCUUGUAACCAGUAAAAAGCUUCACAAUUUGAUUCAUCCGUUAAUCCCUGAUCGAAAAUGCCUGCACCCAUUCAUCGUUUGCUCCUCCCCGCUACUCAAAAAACCCUCAAAAAUCUCAUUUAUUCACCGCUCCCAGCUGUUUCAUCCCUCAAUUUCACGCACCCAUCUCUAUAUCGCCGCCGCUUUUCGACGCCGUCCCCUCGACCCCCGGCCUCCCACUUCCUCCGACCCAGAACCCGAACACCACUCGAAACCCAAUUUGAAACCUGGGUUCAAAAACUUAAACCCGGUUUCACCCCUUCCGACGUCGAAUCAGCUUUACGAGCCCAACCCGAUGCCGAUCUCGCCCUCGAUAUCUUCCGUUGGACGGCUUUACAACGUGGGUACAAACACACCGAUACCACCUACCUCACCAUGAUUAAACUCCUCAUCUCCGCUAAACGUUACCGCCAUGCCGAAACGUUGGUCGAGGAAGUUAUAGCCGGUGCUUGCCCUAUCAGCGUCCCUCUUUACAACGCCGUUAUCCGUUUUUGCUGUGGUCGUAAGUUCCUUUUCAACCGAGCUUUUGAUGUUUACAAGAAAUUGCUGAAAUCAGAUGAUUGUAAACCCACACUUGAGACAUUUGCUAUGUUGUUUAAUUCAUUGCUUAGAAGAUUCAAUAGACAAACUGUUUGUUAUGUGUAUUUACACUCUGUUCGGUCUUUAACUAAGCAAAUGAAAGCUGUAGGGAUUAUUCCAGAUACUUUCGUGUUGAAUAUGAUAAUUAAGGCUUAUUCUAAGUGUUUAGAUGUUGAUGGAGCGAUUCGGGUUUAUCGCGAAAUGGGGUUGUAUGGAUGUGAGCCAAAUGCGUAUACCUAUGGUUAUAUUUUCAAGGGAUUGUGUGAGAAAGGAAGGGUGUUGCAAGGGUUCGGGUUGUUUAAGGAAAUGAGGGAGAAAGGGUUGGUGCCGAAAGGGAGUGCUUAUAUGAUUCUGAUUUGUAGUCUUGCAAUGGAGCAAAGGCUUGAUGAUGCCGUUGAUGUUGUUUAUGAUAUGUUGGAGAAUUCAAUGGCGCCGGAUUUAUUGACUUAUAAGACAGUAUUGGAAGAGUUGUGUAGGGGAGGGAAGAGUAAUGAUGCUUUUGAAUUGCUCGAGGAGUGGAAGAAGAGGGAUUUGUCCAUGGGCCAAAAGAAUUAUCGCAUUUUGGUGAAUGCCUUGCAUUGUAAGAAUUGAGAAUGACUGGUCUCUAUGGUCCAAAAACUAAGUAGUUCUUGUUUACAUGAUUCUGAUUUGUAGCCUUGCAAUGGAGCAAAGGCUUGAUGAUGCUAUUGAUAUUGUUUAUGAUAUGUUGGAACACUCAAUGGCGCUGUAUUUAUUGACUUAUAAGACCGUAUUGGAAGAGUUGUGUAGUGAAGGGAAUAGUAAUGAUGCUUUUGAAUUGCUCAAGGAUUGGAAGAAGAGGGAUUUGUCUAUGGCCAAAAGAAUUAUCGCAUUUUGAUGAAUACCUUGCAUUGUAAGAAUCAAGAAUGAAAAUUUUCUAAGCCAGUCUAUUUGGUCUGGAAACGAAGUAGUUCUUGCUGCCAAUCAAUCCAAAGAGGGAUGCCUAAUUGAUUCAUGUACUUUUGAGAUCUAUGUUAAAAGGGUGGGUUGACAUUGCUCUUGCAUAUUAUCAACAAUAUGGCCUAUUUGGUAUUCCUCUAUUCUUUUCCGAUAGGAACAAAAUUGGGUUCCCAUCAGUAAACAGGUCUGAAAAGGUCCAGUUUCCUUGCAACCAGCUUCUCCCCCGGUCUUUAUCAUUACAAUCAUGGUUAGCCACGAGAAUUCUCCAAUAAAAAACAAUAGGAUGAUAAAAUGUCUUGCAGGUGUUUAUAUAUUUCUCAGACGUUUCAGCUUCAACGAAAAUGGUGUCAUUGCACACAGCUUGUAUACCUUCAACAUUUCCUAUAAUUUUGUUUUAAUUUAUGGUUGUGACCCUCGGAACGAGCAUCUAUGUUUUUGCUGCAUUUGGGGCAUAUGCUCAUUGAACAUGAAUAGGAUGAAUUGAAUUGAACUUUUUAGCAGUUUUUUCAA